GCGAGUGGAGGCAUCAGCAGCCAGGAAAAGAAAAAAACCCACAUGUAUUCCUGACAGCCCAUUGGUCCAAAUUUUCCCUGUGCUGCCACAAUACUGCACACACGUGACCAGCCUGUUUUCACCCAGUUAAACGCAUGUACUUAAAAGACAGGCCACUACCAUUCACCAACACAAGCACGAUUAACACAAUAUUAAUGUCACUGAGGUAAGAUCGCUGCUGCGGGGACCCGGAUCACUGGAAGCGGACCAUGGCGGCUGCCACGAGCAGCAACACAUCCACAGCCACGCUACAGAUCAAGCACUCCAGUAUCGAGCAUACGCGGAAACGAAUAGACCCGAGGAGGAGGCAAGCGGCGUUGUCUUUUCUCAGCAACAUUUCUCUGGAUGGACGACCCGUGCAAGACGACGCAGACAAUCAGCACGAGGAGGAUGAGUCGCUUGAAGCUAGGACUAGACACAGCCUGGUUUCUCCGGAGCGCUCGGCGUACGGAGCUGCUGGCGCCGCCGGAGCUGCAGCUGCUGCGGCUGCGGCGGCGGCGGCGGCGACCACGGCCGCCCAGGCGCUCGCUUUUGCAAACCAGGCUCUCCUUAACAGCAGUCGGGCCAGUUUUGGGACGGGUCCCGCGGCUGCCCCGGCGGGUGCAGACACAGAGGGCGACGCUUUCGUGCCCUCGACGUUCAGCUCGCCGUUCUCCGCGGUCCCAGCGUCGGCUCGUGGGAGGCUGCAGACGUACACUCAGGGAAUCCUUCCUGCCUCCUACUCCAGGCAAACCUCCCAGAACUACAGCCUGGAGGGCGGACAGAUAGCCAACUCUGCGAUAGAGCUGCAGAGAUCAAGACGAAGACUCAUCUCUCAGCGCUCUUCGCUUGAAACGCUAGAGGACAUUGAGGAGAAUGCACCUCUACGCAGAUGCCGAACCCUAUCGGGUUCACCCCGACCAAAGAGCUUCAAGAAGAUCCACUUCAUAAAGAACAUGAGGCAACAUGAUAUGCGCAAUGGAAGGAUAGUCCUUAUCAGUGGCAGAAGAUCCUUCUAUAGUGUAUUUUCUGUCCUGCCCUAUCGAGAUUGUAGCCAAGCAGGGGAUGUAAAGCUGGAAGGAGGAGGGCGUCAGCGGCACCCAUCAGGAGGCGUCAGUGCCAAGGAGAUGGUGAUCGGGCUGGAGGGAGUGGAGUUAGGAGCCGAUGGAAAGACUGUGUCCUACACCCAGUUCCUGUACCCCACUAAUGUUCUGGGUGGUCGAAGAAACACCAUCGACUCCACCUCCUCUUUCUCUCAGUCUCGUAACGCCAGCCAUAGAAGCCUCAGUUUGGGCCGAGCCAACAGCAACCAGAGCAGCUUAGACACAGGGAAUGAUUUGGGGGAUUUUCGGGAGUAUGACCCCAAUCUGCUGGAUGACCCGCAGUGGCCUUGUGGAAAACACAAGAGAGUCCUCAUCUUCCCCUCCUACAUGACUACGGUCAUUGAAUAUGUCAAACCCUCUGACCUCAAGAAGGACAUGAACGAAACCUUCAAGGAGAAGUUCCCCCACAUACGGCUCACACUCAGCAAGAUUAGGAGCUUGAAAAGGGAGAUAAAAAAGUUGGCCCAGGAUGAAUGUGGUUAUGAGGAACCGACAGUGGCCAUGGCUUUCGUCUACUUUGAAAAACUGGUGCUUCAAGGCAAACUAAACAAGCAGAAUCGUAAACUUUGUGCUGGAGCUUGUGUCCUUCUGGCAGCCAAGAUCGGCGGUGACCUCAAAAAACACGAGGUCAAGCUACUGAUAGACAAACUGGAAGAGAGGUUCAGGGUGAACCGCAGAGAGCUGAUAGCCUUCGAGUUCCCUGUCCUGGUGGCGUUAGAGUUCAACCUGCACCUGCCAGAACACGAGAUCAUGCCCCACUACAGACGCCUGCUGCAGACCUCCUAGCAUUAGUGACCCAUCAGGAGGACGACCACCAGGUUCUCCUCCUGAUCCUCUGCUUCGAACCAUUUCCAUCCUCCCACCUAUCUCUUCGUCCCCGUCUGACAGUUCUAAGGUACCGCCGGCUGUCUCUCAGCUGCAGCCGACAACACUCUCCUUCCUCUCAGAGACCUGAAAUCAGCCAAAGGGACACACAUUUCCAAAACUUUCCUCCAUUGUUUGACUUUGACAUCCAUCACCACUACGCGGACUUCGGAAAGAAAGGGUUCAGCCGUCUAGUUGUUUUCUUAGUUUGCAUGUUUUCACAUGUCCUCAUCUCCACUUUGUACAUUUUAGACCUCUCUUGUUGAUUAAGAGAGCUUUUUGUUGUUUGAAUCUGAUGGUGAACAUUUUUUUCUCAGUUAAAGAGCAACCAAUGAUUGUAACAUUUUUAUCAUCUCCUUUUCAUUAAUCUCCCUCUUGUAAACUUUGGUAUGAUUGGUUGCCUCCUGACCUGCGUAAAAUUUAAACAAAAGCCUUUUAAGUGGCUGGUUUUGGCUGGACUUCCUCAGAGUGACUCAUCUUUUUCGCAAGUCAUCGUCUUAAAAGUGCACUUUUUGAAUAUUGAGAGACAUAAGGGGCGGGGGGGAUUUUUUUCAGAGUUUUAAUGAGCUUGGGAACUAACCCUGAAAAAUAAGCUGUGUUCAUAAGCACCACACACACAAGUCAUUUCAAUGGACCUUUUGAAUUGUUUUCCUCUUUAUGGUUUAUUCACGAUUUUCUAGCAACAACUAUCUGCAUGAGAAGUAAUGACUGUUUGCAUACAGGUACUUGCAGACAAGAUGGGACUUCCUAUUUUCACUGAAGUAUUCCAUUCAUUUUCUACCAGUCAGAUGCUUGCUGUAGACUUGCAGAGACCAGACCCACUUUUAUCAGUGUCGAAUUUCCUGUGCUCUAUGUUAGAGUGUAUUGCUAGCACAUUUACGGUGCUGUAUCGGGGUCAGGAAGGUAGCUUUGAAGAGGUGUUCAUGAGUGCGUAAAUGCCAUUAAACAGUGAUCAGGAUUUGCAGCAGAGCGGCAGCAGGGUGCUCUCGUGUUGAGAGAGAAAAUGUCCUUCACCUGGGGGACGUGACCUAAGACCCUGUGCUGGUAAUUAUCCUCCCUGCUGAAGUGUCCUUGAGCAAGACUCUGAGUCCCUUCAGGCUUCAGGGACACUUCUCUUUAUCAGACUUCUCUGAGGAGAAGAAAAAUCUGAACGAGAUCCCAGCAGGGAUCAAUUACGAAUCAAACAUUCACAUUUAACUUGAAUAAGCAUUUGUUAAUUUGAAAUCUAAAUUGUUAAAAUUAACUUUACCAAUGCGACCUAUUAAAAAAGUAUUUUUCCAUUCCUUUGGCAUGUAUCUGAACUUGAUUUUCUCUUUCAUGACCUUGAAUUUAUCUCACACAAUACCACAGAGUAUUGAGGGGGAAAAAGGUAUUUAAUGCUGCUCCAAGUAUUGAUGGUAUUUGAGUUGAAAUGAUCAUCAACAUGAACCCAAAUUGUAAUGAGAAAAAGCAUGGACUGUGCUGAUUUAAGGUGAAAAAAUACUGAGCUUAUUUCUGUUUGCAAGCCCAAAGAUUUCGCUUUAAGAUGCACACUAAAGACUCAUGGGCGACACUUAUCACCUGUGUAUGUUUGUAAAUAAAUUGCUUUGCUUGUUCAAUCAAAA